GAGGAAGGAUAUGGAGGCUAAACGACGGAACUAUCUCCCCCGCCUCUUCUGGCGGAGGGAUUUCGUUGCUUCUAUCAACGCGAGAAGCGGAGGGAUAUGACGCUGUGGGCGGCGUUGCGUGCCGUGCGCAGAGAGGAAGGGGAUCCGGCAGAGACAGCUAGAGAGAGGGAGAAUCGGGGGCAGCGGCGGAGACGAAGCCGAGGGGGGGCGAAGGACGACGAGACCAAAGAGCCCCCCCCCGCACGCGCGGGGGAAGGGCGUACAACGCGAGCCAGCCUCUUCCCCGCGGCCGGACCCUGCGAGCCAACCACCCCUCCCCCAUCCUUACUCACCUCACCGCCUCGACCAAUCAGCUGUGGGGGGGCGCGAGGAUAGCGGAGGGUAGCAGCCUCGCGGCCAAUCAGCGUUAGGGGCUCGCGGGACCCCUUGCCUCGAGCCUGAACGAGGGCGAGAGGGGGGUUGAGUUGAAACCACCCUCAACGGCCGGCGCUCUUAAAGGUACAGCUUGGGGGGGGCAGCGAAAAGAAGGGGGUACUUUCAGCCGGAGGACAACAACCCCCCCAACCUCCAGCUCCUGUCAAUGGAUUUAAAGGGAGCUCGGCCUUCUUAAAGGGGAGUUCUCCUCAAGCCCUCAUUGUGGCAAGAGGGAGGGGUGGCUCUUAAAGGUGAAAUUUGGGUUGCUCUGGAGGACUUUGAACACUGGAAUCUUAAAGGGGAGUGCGAGCUGAUGAGGAAAAAUGUUUGAUGAGGAAAAAUGUUUGGAGGGUGUUUAAUUCCGGUUGUUAAACGAGUGGAUGCCUGACAAGGGAGCAUUUUAAAAUCCAGAUUUUUAAAGGGGCGGCCAUGCUUUGGCAGGAAAUGUGUGGAGGACUCGAAAUCGUAAAUUCUUAAAGGGGAUUGAAUGCAAGGAAUUUUUUGUGCAAAUCUGGAUCCUUAAAGGCAAGGUCAUACCCUGAAAGAGGAAAAAUCCAGGAGCCCCGCCCCCUUUUAAACAUUGAGCUUUGCAAAGAGGAAGUGACCACAUGAGACAGAUCUGAAGAGAAGAUGCUGCCACAGAAGUGCUUAUGGGAGAUGUUGCCAUCAUCAUCAUCACUGAAGGGGAGGAAGUGACUGCCCUCUGAGCGGAAGCCAUCUGCCAUUGUUGGCAGGAGUCAUAUCUGCAGUCUUAAAGGGGAGGCUGCUCAAGCUCUUAACACUGUCGGAACAUUUCAAGCCUCGAUCCUGAAGAGAAGACUCUAAGGACAGCUUCUUUUAUCUUUUCUAAAAAAUUAUAUAUCUUGGCACUUAAAUCAGAAGCUUCCUUCAAGCUGUAGGACAACUGCUAAGUACUGGAGUUUGUUCAAAAGGAUUUUCAGAACUGGCCUUUCAAAGGCACCUAUCCCUUGAUGUUGUUUUCACAGUUGGAGGGAUGUAAAAUCCUUUCUGAGGAACAAGAGUGCUGGCGUUCGGAAGGUUUUUCUUCUAAACCCAAAGGGGAGGUUUCAUGUUCAAGGAGUGCUCUCUGUGUAUUAGCAGGAGUUAAAUGUUCUUCAAUUUCCACUUUUUAAGAAUUCUAUCUUGAAAGUAUUUAAUUUUUUAAUUUAAUUUGUUUGCCUUUAAGAGGUGGCACUCACAGAAGGGUAACUGUGGCCAGUGCUUCUCUUGAUAGGAGAUUAAACUUGAAUGAAGAGGAAAUCCUCCUGCUUUUGAGCAGGCUCUCUAAAUCAAGGAAAGGUUGAUGACAGCAAGGUCUUCCUGUAAUGGAAUAAGAAAACCUUUUUGCAAUAGAAAAAGAGGAGAGCCUUGAUCUUGAAUUUGCUACGUCUCUGGGUGGUGUCCACAGAAAAGGAGGGGCCAGUUGAGAACAGCUGCAAUGCACUUGGCUGGUGAGGGGUGAAGGGUGCCCCCUUCUCUUGUGUCCACAACUCUCACUGGACACAGCACAUCGCAUUUGGUGUACCUCAAGGUGGGGCAUCAUGGAAGGAACAGCAGCAGCUUCUGCCCUAUGCUGGAGUGGGGGAGGAGGCAGCAGUAGCCGAACACGGAGGAAGCGGCGUUGCUCACGGCGGGACCGUGAGAGUCGCUGCACUCGCCGUCGUGGGGGCCGGCCUGGGGAUGCUCCCCACUGUGGCCUCUCGUCGUCAUCCUCUUCAGGGUCGGACAGUGAAGGCCCCUCCCCACCUGCCCCAGUGGCACCUGGCAAAGGCCGCCCCCUGCAGCAGCAGCAGCGCCGGCGUCGGCGCCCCCUUCGGAGGCGGAAGAGAGCUUCUGGAUCAUCCUGCAGUCGAGAUGAAGAGGAAGAAGAGGAAGAGGAGGAGGAGGAUCUUAUUGAUGGCUUUGCCAUUGCCAGUUUUGUCAGCCUUGAGGCCCUUGAGAAGGAUGCUACCUUGAAGACCCCAGAGCGACUGGAGCUUCGGAUGAAGCAUUCUGGAAAGCGAAAACGAGGCGAGGGGAACAACUCUGAGCCUGAGGAUGAGGAUGGGAGCUCAGAGAAGGGCUGUGCAGGGGAGAGAGCACGUAGAAAACGUAAUAAGAGACGGCACAAAGAGCCUUCUCUCCAAUCCUACCUGGAAACUGGAUAUAUAUGUGAUACAGAAAGCGACCCAGAGGAGCAGGCCUCCGUUGAUGACCUCGAACAGUCAUUCACUGUCUCAACCAGCAAAGCCUCGGGACCCAUUGGUGCAUUAAACGGGAGCUGUGAAGCCAAACUCUCUGUGAUCCCUAAAGUCUCUGGCCUGGAGCGGAGCCAGGAGCGCAACUACGAGGCCGACCGGGACCCCCUGCUAGUGCCUUUCCUGCCCAAGGAGCCCCCUUCUCAGGCAGCCGCAGCCCCCGUUCCAGCUCAGGCCUUGCCCCCUAGCCCUCCUGCCCCACCGCCCUCCAGGACUCGGGCUCAGACGCCGAAUACUCUUCAUGGGACACCCCAGCCCAAAGGCCAGCUGCCUCCAACACCUCAGGGGGGUGCAGUCCCUCAUAAUCUCACCCAGAGCCAGCUGCAUAUGAAGGUACCACCUUUUACCAGCCAGACGCAGGCCCCAUAUGCUGUAGGGCUGGACCUCAGCACUGGAGGGUGCAGCCGUGGUGCAGCUCACCCUAAGCCCAUCCUCCCACCCUGCUCCCCUUCUUCCUCUCAGCUCCCUCACCGACCCUCCACCCCCUCACUGGCCCUGCCUCCCCAUGCCUUUUCGUCCACGCUUCGACCCCCUUCCCACCACCCAGGCAUGUUCACCCCUUCACCUGGACUCCCCCCACCACCCCCUCUGCUUCAAGUUGCUGGGCACCCAGCUGCAGCCGCUGCCAUAUCUGAACAAGAACUAAUUCGCCAAGACCUGAGCUCCCGAUUCCUCACGGCACAAGGCAGCGCCGACAUGGGGGCUACCGCCAUCCGCCCCCUGGCCUUCCAGUUCCACCAACACAACCACCAGCACCAGCACACCCACCAGCACACCCACCAGCACUUCACCCCUUUCCCACCAGGCAUGGUUCCCACACCUAGCCCAGCCAUGUUUGAUAAAUAUCCUGGCAAGAUGGAUGGGAUCCUGAGGCAUAAUUUAUAUACUGGAUACAGCCCAACUGUUUCGGGGAUCUCUCCAGUCUUGCCUCCUGCUGUGACCUUUGGCUCCCUGCAGGGGGCAUUCCAACCUAAGAGCACUAACCCUGACCUGCCAUCCCGGCUGGCCACUGUCCCACCCAGUUUGGCCCAGAAAGGCACCCAGCUCUCUGAUCCCUUCCGGCCAACACUGAGAAAGCCUGGGAAGUGGUGCGCCAUGCACGUUCGUGUAGCUUACAUGAUCCUGCGGCACCAGGAGAAGAUGAAGCUGAUGCAGGGGGACCCCCACAAAUUGGAUUUUCGGAAUGACCUCCUCACGGGCUUGCCUGGAACGGGAGCCUUUGGUAGCCUGCCGCAUGGCCAGGAGCUGGCACGCCCUGCCACCCUGUUCACAGCUUCUGGUGUUGUUCAUCCAGGCAGUGGCUCUUCCUUUGGUCCUGCCAGCACCCCUCAUGGAUCCUUCCUGAGCCCUAGUCCCCACAUUGAUCCCUUUGGCCGACCCCCCAGUUUUGCCUCCCUCGGGGCUCUCUCCAAUGGGGCUUUUGGGGGCCUGGGCAACCCAUCCUUCAACUCAACCACUGUCUUUGGGCAGAAGGACAGUCCUGGAGCUAUAGGCUUUCCUAGCCCCCAUGAGACAUGGAAUCGCCUACAUCGCACACCCCCUUCCUUCCCCACUGCCCCAGCCUGGCCCAAAGGUGGCACUGGAGAUGGGACUGAGCGUGGCAGCACCCAGCAUGACAAGGAGACUGAAAAGCCAGAAGGGCCGGUGAUCAAGGAUGAAAAGGACAGGGAUGCACUGUUCUCGCGCCAUCCGCUGCGUGCCUCUCCAGCUACUCCCACCCCAAAGAACACAGUCCUGGCCCAUGAAGAGCCCCCUGGGCGGCCCCAUGUGCCAGCAGAACGCGAGCACCGCUAUGGAAGCCCAGCCAGUUCUGGCCAUGCCUCUCGCUCUCCAUAUCCUGAGCUGCCCCUGAAGAAGGAAGUGAAGGUGAAGGAGGAGCCCGAGCUAACAGGCUUUGAGGGGGCCCUGCGCACAGGGGCUCCCUAUCACAGCACCCUGCAUGUCUCCCACCCCUUGGGGACACUGGCUGUAUUUGAGAGGCCCCAAGCCGGGACUGGUGGAAGCGUCUCCCCGUACUUGGUGGCUGCCCCACCCUCAGCAGCCUCCUAUGCUGCGCUUGAAGCUUGGCGUGAGCCCUACCACCGUGGGCUGGAGCUGCACCCACUUCAGCGCCUGCCCCGCUACCUGGAUACCACAUCGCCGGCUGUUGCUGAGGACUACGAAAGGGCCCGGUUGUAUGGUUUGCCACCCCCACCCCACCCUGGUCUCAUGGCCUAUCCCCGCCACCAAAACGGGCUGCUGGCAAAAGCCACCCCCUCGGCCGCCGCCGCUGCCGCCGCCGCCGUGGGACUACUCAGUGCCCCCCCACCACUCAUCCCAGCUUCAAAUGCUCGCCCCUGUUCCCCCCGGCGGGCCCCAGACAUCCGAGAACUGGCAGCAGCCUACAAGGACCGGGACUCCAGAUAAUGGUGUCGCAGUGAGGGGCCCUGGAACAUGAGCGCCUAAACCGAGAGGCUUCCCACAUUACUGGACUGAUGGACGGAGUCAGCAGAAGCCCUAGGCAGCUAUCUAGGCCCCCUUUCUGGGGGGUGGAAGUGUGGUCCUCCUGCCGCCUUAGCCUGAGUUAGGGGCCUGCCGCUAAACACCACCCCAGAAAGACUUGAGUCCCUUCAGUCCUGGUUCAUGUUGGGGCUUAAGAUGACGGGGCCUGUUUUUUUUUAGGGGGGCAGGAAUCCAGGUGUUGGGGUGCCCUCGUUUUGUGUCUCUUAAUUUCGGCAAAAAUCCCUCUUCCUGCCUCUGUGGGAAUUGACAGAGGUUUGGUGUCUUUUUCCAGUAUUCCCACUGGGCUGAAAUUGAACUCUGGGUGGAUGUUCUGCUCCUCCCACCAAGAACUGAUGGGAAAGCUGCUUUCAGGGGAAAGGGGAGGGCUGUAUCUUGGGGCACCUCCCCCACCAGGCAGUGUAAAUAUUUAUAUAUUCUGCCCCAGGCAGGUGGGGAAAAGGUUUUUUGUACAUUUAUAAAAGGUUUGAGAUUGUGAUUUUAAAAGUGACUUCUCUCUCUCCUUCCCUCCCCCCACAGCUCCCCUUGUUUUUACUGUACUGCUCUUUUCUAUACCUGUAUCCACUCUCUGCCCACCUCCCAUCCCUUUUCCUCCUGUAAGUGAUCCAAAAGGUGCAACAAAGGGGGUGGGGCGCAACGCACUUGUCCAAUGCCCUUUUCUUCCCCAGGUUGGUUAAUUAAACCCCAAACUGGUGCUUCUGGA